AAACAAACAAACAAACAAACAGUGUUACACCAGGAGAGAGGUUAGGGCUGCAUCUGCACUGCAGAAAUAAUGCAGUUGAUUCAUAUUUAUUUAUGUCAUUGGCAUGGCAGAUAAAAACAAGCCCUUGACUUUUGCCACUGAGCUUCUCUGCCCUGGAACAGAAGCAGAGUGAGCCUCUGAGCGCCUACAAAGUGCAUUUAAGAGUACAGCUUUGGCCACUCAGCAGCAUUCCAAAGCCAGGAAGUCGCUAGGGCGCAUGCGCGAGAAGAGAAAGGGUCUCUCGUUAAGACUACGUUUCCCGGCGCGCCCCGCGCGGGCGCGAUAACGUAGGCGUGACGUAUAUCAACGUCCCCCUUCCUCCGUCGAGGGCUCCGGCGGGGCCCAAGAUGGCGGCGCGCUGGAGCAGCGAGAAUGUUGUGGUCGAGUUCCGGGACUCUCAGGCGACAGCAAUGUCUGUGGACUGUCUUGGGCAGCAUGCAGUGCUUUCUGGGCGACGUUUCCUCUACAUUGUUAACCUAGACUCACCUGCCGAUGGGCAUCGCAAGAUUUCCCGCCAGAGCAAGUGGGACAUCGGAGCUGUGCAGUGGAACCCACAUGAGAGCCACGCACACUACUUCGCUGCUUCGAGCAACCAGAGAGUGGACCUCUAUAAAUGGAAAUAUGGAAAUGAAGAGGUUGGCACUUCCUUGCAAGGGCAUACACGUGUGAUCAGUGAUUUGGACUGGGCCGUAUUUGAACCAGAUCUGUUGGUUACCAGUUCGGUUGACACUUACAUCUACAUCUGGGAUAUCAAAGACACCCGGAAGCCUUCUGUCUCGCUCUCUGCAGUGGCUGGAGCCUCCCAGGUAAAAUGGAAUAAGAAGAGUGCCAACUGCUUGGCCACCAGCCAUGAUGGGGACGUGCGCAUUUGGGACAAACGGAAACCAGGCACCGCUGUGGAGUAUCUGGCAGCUCAUCUCUCCAAAAUCCAUGGUUUGGACUGGCACCCGGACAAUGAGAACAUUUUGGCUACAUCAAGCCAGGACAACUCCGUCAGGUUUUGGGAUUACCGACAGCCUCGAAAAUACCUCAAUAUCCUGGCCUGUCAGGUUCCAGUUUGGAAAGCCAGAUACACGCCUUUCAGCAAUGGAUUGGUGACUGUGAUGGUGCCCCAGCUGCGGAGAGAGAAUAGCCUUCUGCUCUGGAACAUCUUUGACUUAAACACACCAGUCCACACCUUCGUAGGACAUGAUGAUGUGGUUCUGGAAUUCCAGUGGAGGAAGCAGAAGGAAGGGUCAAAGGAUUACCAGCUGGUCACCUGGUCUCGAGAUCAGACACUGCGGAUGUGGCGUGUUGAUUGCCAGCUACAGCGGCUGUGCUCCAAUGACCUCCUGGAUGGAGUGGAGGAGCUCAUCGAUGGAAUUUCUCUCCUGCCAGAGACGGACAAGUCCCUGCCUGCCCAAGAUGCUGAGCCCCAGCAAAACUCCAACCACGGGGAGGAGGAAGCCUUAAAAGAUGACUCCCAGAAAAGCCUCUUGGUGGGGAAGAAGCUGGAUCAACUGGGGCUGCCCCAGACCCUGCAACAGGAGUUCUCUCUGAUCAACGUCCAGAUCCGAAAUGUUAACAUGGAGAUGGAUGCAGUGAAUCGCAGCUGUACGGUCUCAGUGCAUUGCAGUAACCACCGGGUGAAGAUGCUGGUGAUGUUCCCUGCACAGUAUCCCAACAAUGCUGCCCCUUCCUUUCAGUUUGUCAACCAGACAACCAUCCCUUCCACCAUGAAAGCCAAGCUGCUCAAGAUCUUGAAGGAUACAUCCAUGCAGAAAGUGAAGCGGAACCAGUGCUGCCUAGAGCCAUGUCUGCGCCAGUUGGUCUCCUGCCUGGAGUCUGUUGUGAACCAAGAGGAUAGCACCUCUGGCAACCUCUACACACUCCCGAACUCGGUAACUCCACCUUUACCAACCUUUCCCAGGGUCUCCAAUGCCUACGGUUCCUAUCAGGAUUCCAAUAUUCCAUUCCCACGCACUUCUGGAGCCCGGUUUUGUGGGGCAGGUUAUUUGGUGUACUUCACCAGACCUAUGACAAUGCAUCGCACAGUCUCUCCAACAGAACCAACUCCCCGAUCCUUGUCGGCACUCUCAGCCUACCAUAGUGGCCUCAUCACUCCCAUGAAGAUCCGGACAGAGACCCCCGGCAACUUGCGCUUGUACGGUGGGAGUCCCACACGUAGCGAGAAGGAACAGGUUUCCAUCAGCUCCUUUUACUACAAGGAAAGGAUGUCUCCUUGCUCUGCCAGACGGCGUUGGUCCAUACAAGCGGUUAACGACUUCCCGAAAUCGAGACGAUGGAAGAGCAAACGCGAAGGAGCUGAUGCCAGCAACCGGCCCAUCAAAGCCGCUGGGAAAGUGAUCAUUCAGGACAUCUCUUGCCUGCUCCCUGUCCACAAAUCACUAGGGGAGUUGUACAUACUCAACGUGGCUGACAUUCAGGAGACCUGCCAGAAGAACGCAGCUUCAGCGUUGACUGUGGGGCGGAGGGAUCUUUUGCAGGUCUGGUCACUGGCCACAGUAGCAACUGACCUCUGCCUCGACCCAAAUUCUGACCCAGACUUGGAAACCCCCUGGGCCCAGCAUCCGUUUGGUCGCCAGCUUCUGGAGUCUCUGGUGGCACAUUACUGCCAGCUCCAUGAUGUACAGACCCUGGCCAUGCUGUGCAGCGUCUUUGAAGCCCAAACCAAACCCCAGGGAGCCCUCAGUCCCAUGGGACUCUUACCUCAGCGCACCGCUAGCCACAGCCGAUAUCCCAGCUUUACCUCUUCAGGCUCCUGUUCCAGUAUGUCAGACCCUGGGCUCAGCACAAGCAGCUGGAAUAUAGUUAACAAAGAGGCAGACCACACGCCAGCUUGGUGUGAAUCGUCUCCUGAAGACUUCCGUUUGGGGAACUUGGCCUACCCUGACCACCGAGAUCGGGAAAAGGAUCAGCACGACAGGAAUAAAAGGCUUCUGGACCCGGCCAAUGUCCAGCAGUUUGAUGACUUCAAGAAGUGCUAUGGAGAGAUCCUUUAUCGCUGGGGCCUGAGAGAGAAGCGAGCUGAAGUGCUCAAGUUUGUGUCUUGUCCCCCUGACCCUCACAAGGGGAUUGAAUUUGGUGUCUACUGCAGUUACUGCCGCAGUGAGGUGCGUGGUAUCCAAUGCGCCAUCUGCAAGGGGUUUGCAUUCCAGUGCGCCAUCUGCCAUGUGGCUGUGCGAGGCUCUUCCAACUUCUGCCUGACCUGUGGGCAUGGGGGACACACUAGCCACAUGAUGGAGUGGUUCCGCACCCAGGAAGUGUGUCCCACAGGCUGUGGCUGCCACUGUUUGCUGGAGAGCACCUUCUGAUCGUCUGCUCCCAAAACCUUGACUGGACUGGCCAUGGGCUCAGUAGGGAUGACAAGCCAAGAGGCUCUGCCUCUUCCAGGUUGCUGCUCAGAUGGGUGACUGUGCUCUCGAUGGAUUACUGGUGGUCUGUUGGGAUGGGUGACUGGUAGUCUUAGGAGCCUCUUACAAGCUCCUUGAGGCUUUAGUGCCUCAGGAAAACCUCUCCAGAAUUCAAAGAAAGACACUUUUGCGUUCAGAAGGCAAUCAUUGCAAUGUGGACUGAAAGAGGCUUUCGUGAGCAAGUAUCCAAAUGUGAGGUGUGAAGCAAGUGCUCUUGAAGAAUCAGGUAGACACAUUGGCACCACAGCUGGGAGCCUGAGGGCUUGGUAUUAAUAUUUUUCCUUCACAAAACUGCCUUUCCUUGGCUUAAAAUUUUCUUUGUGUUGCAGAAAUGGAAGGAUCAAAGCUAACACAGCUUCCCACUAAAACACAGUAGAGCACUUUGUUCUUGUAUGCUGGCUUGAUUAAAUUAAUUGCUUUUUCCCCCGUGGACAGGGUAGUGCCAGGGUACAAAAUGAGCUAUGCCCUAAGUGGUGGGCAGAACUUUCAUUUCUCUCUUCAGGGGCCUCCUUUAUAAAAAAAACUCAAAACAGCUGAAUUGACAGAGCUUAAUGGACCUGAGUUAUUUGGUCCCUUUUUUAAAAUGAUAGUUGUAUCCUUGUGCUUUAGGGUGUGUAUGUGUGCACCUUUGCAUCUUUCCAAAGGAAUGGCAGUAGUUGUGGGAUGGGAAUCAGCCAGUCUGUCAAACUUAGGAAUGGAUGCUGCAAGGAAAGAUGGGCCUGAGAACUGAAAAAGCACCAAUGGUCAUUGGGAUUAAUGAUCACAAGACUAAUAUCUUGUGUUUUUGAUGCUGAAAUGCAUUCUAGUCCUGAGACUUGGCCAAGCGAAGGGAAUCUUCUCUUGCCAGGAAAAUUUACAAAAACCUUAUUUUUGUACAAAUGAGAAUCUGAGCUCCAGCUCUACUGGAUUGGGCUUGGACCUUCAGUACCUGGAUCUGGGCUUACUGAGCCCAUCCAGAGCAUGGAAGCUGCCUCCAUUGUCAUUUUUCAAAGCCUUGUAGUUACGAGAGUGUAUUUGUGUAUAUUCUGUAAUAAAAUGAGAACCUUUUAUAAA